UUCGUUGCACGUUCAGCUGCCGCUGGGGUAAAAAUGGCGUCCGCUCGGGGAAAGGUAUAUGACUACGGAAACGUGGAAAUCUCGCUAGAAAACUGCGUUAUUCCUGCAGAAAAACUUGAAAAGACACCUUCGGCUUCAGAUGGACUUAGCACCGAACUGGAAACGGAGGUACGAAUUGUUGGCUGCGAGUAUAUUCAAACUGGAGGAAUACUUUUGAAACUACCUCAGGUGGCAAUGGCGACAGGCCAGGUUCUAUUUCAGCGAUUUUAUUAUUCAAAAUCUCUCAUUCGCCACGAUGUUGAGGUGUAUGCCAUGGCAUGCCUUUUUCUUGCCGCAAAAAUCGAGGAGUCACCUCGAAGAAUACGAGAUGUCAUCAACGUUUUUCACCAUAUCAAACAAAGAAGAAAUAUGAAACCUAUAGCUCCGAUGGAAUACAUGGGAAACAUAUAUUUUGCCCUAAAGAAUUUAGUUAUUAAAGCAGAAAGAAGAAUACUUAAGGAGCUUGGAUUCUGUGUCCAUAUAAAACAUCCUCACAAGGUUGUCAUUACUUUUUUGCAAGUUUUGGAAUGCGAGAAAAACCAACAAUUAGCUCAGAAAGCUUGGAACUACAUGAAUGACGCAUUGCGAACAAACGUUUUUGUCCGUUAUCAACCUGAGACCAUCGCUUGUGCUUGUAUAUCUCUUUCUGCUCGACAAUUACAGAUUCCACUUCCAUCUCGUCCUCCUUGGUGGGAGCUUUUUGAUAGCACUAUGGAGGAUAUUGAGGAUGUGUGUGUUACAUUGCUGAAGUUGUAUCAGCGACCAAAGAUCUCUCUGCAUACUCUAAAUAUCGCUGUUGGUAGACUAAAGAAAGCGAAGAAGAUCACCGAGUCAGCCACCAGUGCGAAUGAUAAUAAACUCACAAAGAAGACGAGUGGUGAUAGUUUCUCUCGUCCUGGUUCACCAAGCGCUAAUCCAUCUCCACUCUGCGAAAGCUCAAAAUCUCGUAGCGAAGAUGUGAAGAAAAACGGAGUCACGAAAUCUGAAAGUCAAGAAGCGAGGGCCUCAGGCAAAAAGUCUGGCAAGUCCCUAGAGACGCGAAAAGACAACGGUAAAAGUCAAAAAGCGACGAAACGGGCGCGCAGUCCUGGGAGCGACAAAUCACACAGUUCGUCGGGAACUGGCAGCGAGUCUGACGACGGCACUGGCAGCGAUUCCGAUAGUGGUAAUAGCGGUAGUUCGCAUGAAGACAGGCGCAAACGAAGGAUAGCCCGACGAGAGAAUCGCGACAAUCGCCGAGAGAAUCGUGGUAAUCGCCGAGAGGAUCGCGACAAUCGCCGAGACAGACGCCUUGCUGAACGAUUGAGUAGAAGACUGCAAAAAUCUAAAAGCGAUACGAACGCUAACCGACGGCCGCGCGAAAGAAGCCGAUCACCUCAUCGACGUAGCCGGAGUAGAAGCCGUGAUAGACGGAAUGCGAAUUUCAGGGAUAAACAUGUACGCCGAGCAGGUAGCAGGGAUUCUAGGGAGAGAAAUGGGGACUAUAGGGUAUCAGAUGAGCGGGAACGUAGGGAAGCGAGGUAGCAUAUUCGCAGCAUUCGCGUAAUUGCUGUUCUUCGCCCGUUGCACUACCCCCAUUUUAUCAACUUUGUUAUUCAAAUUUGUUAUUCAGUUUGUUCAAACUGGUGUUUUUCCGUUGCAUUCCCAUUGGACAGGUCAAACUGGUAUCUCCCCGUUGCAUUCCUAUUCAUUGAACAGGUCAAACUGGUAUUUUCCUGUUGCAUUACUAUUGAACACACAUCAGACUGGUAUUUUCUAGUUGCAUUCCUGUAAGCAUAAUGGACUGCUAAGCUUUGUUUUGCAGGGCACAUCAUACAUUCAAAAAAAGCGCGCUGUGAUGAAUACGAAAUACUCUCAGUAACUGUUAUAGUUUAUAUUGGGUUAUAUUGUAAAUAUGCUUAAAUUUCACCUAAAUUUUGAGUGCCUAGUUGGUAUGAUGUUCAAAACUAGUUUGUUCUGCUGUCUUUGGUACAAUCUUGUUAGCAUUUAGAGAUGGUAUCAUCUCACUUAGACUUGUUUGUAUAUUUGCAAAAUAUCUUUUGUUUUUUGUUUGGAUACUGUAAAAUGCAAUAGUACAUAUUCCCAUUAACCACCUUGAUUUACUAUAUAA